CACGAAAGUGCUGACUCAGAGGAAGACCGCGAGAGUUUAGGGUGCCAUUUGGGACAGGGCCGCAGUAUGGCAGCGUACACUGAUGCUUCAAAAGCCUAAGUGAGGACACAAUGACAGUCACGAGGGCAGCUGUGAAGGUGGUGCGUUUAGGGAGGAUUUCCUACCGCAGUGCCUUGAAGGUCCAGCAGCAGCACAUAAAGCAGCAUCUGGAUUCGUCCAGCUGCAGCCCAAACACUUUAUUACUGUGUGAACACGAGCCUGUGUACACCGUGGGCAUCAGACGGGCUCCUUACCCUCCUGAGGAGGAGCAGAGACUCAAAGCGCUGGGCGCAGACUUCUUCCGUACCAACCGAGGAGGUCUAAUAACGUUUCACGGUCCUGGUCAGCUGGUGUGUUAUCCCGUCCUCAACCUGGCCUGCUUUAAGAAGAGUGUGAGAUGGUAUGUGUGUGAACUGGAAAGGACGGUGAUCAAGAUGUGCAGUCAAUUUGGGAUCGAAGCCUCCACUUCUCCGGAUACGGGUGUCUGGGUGGGCGACAACAAAAUCUGUGCAAUUGGUAUUCAUUGUGGAAGAUACGUCACCUCCCAUGGACUGGCCAUGAGUUGGUUUGAUGACAUUGUGCCAUGUGGGAUUGUGGGUAAAGGUGUGACGUCACUGAGCCGAGAGCUGGGACGGGACGUCCCAACUGAGGAAGCCGUACCAAAACUGCUGGACGCCUUUACUGAACAGUUUAACUGCACUUUAAUAUAUAAUUAA